AUGUUGGAUACUGCAAAAUGGAAAAAUGAAUGGAACGCUGAGCUUCGCUCAAUUCCCCACGUUGAAACAGUUAAUGAAUAUGAUUUCGAGCUAACAGAAAAUAUUUUUCUUAUUUGGAGGUUUUUAAAACUCUACCAUUCUGCUAUCCCACAAGUGAGAAGUCUCAUAGAUUUUAUAGCAACUAAGAAUCCCGAAAUGUUACAAUGGGGAAAUCACAUAGAUAGUGCUAUUCAAAGGGGAGUAGUUAAAGGACAACACUUAUUUAAUGCUUUAGUUUCAAGCGGAAAAAAAAUUCAAUCGAGAUAUUCAAAAAAAAAGUUAUCUGAUACUUUGCAAUAUUAUCACAUUAAGAAUUAUAUAAUUUUAGAAAAAAUAAAUACAGGUUCAGUUGGGCAAGUGCACUUAGCAUUAGAUAAGAAUACAGAUAUGUUCGUCGCAGCCAAAGCAAUAGAUAAAUCCACGGUUCAAGGUGAUGAAGGAUUGUUUCAAAAAUUAAAGGAUGAAAUAAUUGUUUCAUGCAGAAUGAAUCAUCCUUGUGUUGUAAAAACUAUAAACAUUCUUGAAACUCGGGAUAAAAUUAUACAGAUCAUGGAGUACUGCGAUGGAGGAGAUUUAAUAUCAUACGUCAGAAAUGUAUUAUACUUAGAAGAAUUAAGUGCACAAUAUUUUUUUCGAAAAAUUCUCGAUGGACUUAAAUAUAUGCACAGCAAUAAAAUAGCUCAUCGAGACUUAAAACCCGAAAAUAUAUUUCUUUGCAAAAAGGUAUUGAAUCAGAAGGAAAAGACAUUAAUUAGGAUAGGAAAAUUGCCAUCUUGUUUUGAAUAUGAAUUAAAAAUAGGAGAUUUCGGUGCAUGUUGCUUUAAUGAUGCGUCAAAUAAAUUACAUUACGAUAUUGUUGGUACGCUAAGUUAUGCUGCACCUGAAGUAUUAGGUUGUGAUAAAAAUAAUGGAUAUGAUAGUGAAAAAGCAGAUAUAUGGAGUUUAGGUAUAAUAUUGUAUGCAAUGUUAUUUGGAUUGUUACCAUUUGAUAAUGAAGAAAAAGACAUUAAAGAAGCACACAACGAAAUUGUAAAUAAUAAAAUAAUUUUCCCCAAAAAUAGGAUUAAUAGAUGCUCAAAUAAUGUUAAAAAUUUAUUAAUAGGUAUGCUUAAUAUUAAUCCUAUAAAUCGUUUAUCUCUUGAUCAAGUUAUUAAUGACCCAUGGGUUGCUGAUGUGGCUAAAAAUAAAUUAGAAAUUUCUUAUUUAAAUAGAAAAAUAAAUGUUCCAAUAUCAUCUACUGUUGGGAACCCAAUUUAUGUAAAUAAAAACCCUUGGAAUUUUAAUAUUUAUAAUAAUGUAGCACUAAUGAAAAAUUCAAAUAAUACCAAAGAAAAAGUUCUUAAUUUAAAAAAUGAUUACGAAAAAAAAAAUCAGAACCAAUUCAUUGAAGAUAAUUCAACCGAUAUAGCAUCACCACCAUCAAAUUCAACUCAUACAACCUAUUCAUCUCGAUAUAUAAUCCCAUCAAAUACUCAUUCAAGCAAUGGUAAUCUAAUUAACUUUUAUAAUAUUUAUGAAAAAGGAUCAACCGCAUUAAAUAAAGGUAACACUGAUUUAUACUUAUGUGAUAAUAAUGGGGUAUUAUAUAAUAAACUAAAAAAUUAUGAUGAUCAAAAGGCUAACAACAUUACGAACUAUUAUACAGGAUUAGUAAAUACAUAUAAAAACAAUACGGUAGAUAUAAAUAAUAGUAACAAGGGUAAAGAAGAAUUGCCUAAUAGUAAUAUAGUAUCCCCUAAAUUAUCUGAACAAGCCAACAUAAAAAAUAAAUAUAUUUAUGAACAAAUAAAAUAUUUUGAAAAAGACACAAAAAGAAAUGAAAAAAAAAUAUAUAUAUCUGAAAAAUCUUUAAAUGUGAUUUAUUAUGACCAAAAUAAAUCAAUUGAAAGUGUUUACCUAGAUAAUAAGCAUCUUAAUAAACAUAAUUAUUAUAACUCCAAGCUUUUGGAAAAUAGAGAAUAUAUUAAUAAUCAUUAUUUUCCCGAAAAAUUAAAUGAUUCAAAAAUUUUAUCUGAUAAAGAACAUAAUCUUUAUUUGAAUCAAAAUGAAUUUUACAAAAAUAAUAGAUAUGAUGCAAUGCCACAAGAAAAUAAACAUAAUAACCUUAGUAUCGAUGUGCCAAAUAUUAUUCGUCAUGAAAAAUAUUAUUUACUUAAAAAUUCAGAUGGGCGUAUUAUUGCACCAUGUUAUACACCUGGUAAUCCCUUGAAAACUGAGGAAAAUAAAAAAUAUAAUAUUUUCGGCCCUAAGAAAAACGUAAAUGAAUAUGAUGCAUAUAAUAAUGAAAAUAAUAUAUCUACUAAUAGUAAGAAUUGUUUACAAAAUUAUACCUAUAAUGCCCCAAAUUGUAUUAAAAAAGACGAAAAUACAACUAUUAACAAAAACAACAAUAUAGAAAUGAUAAUCCCUCCAAAUGAUAAGGAUAAUUAUAACAAUAAUGAAUACAAUUAUUACUACUAUGAUAAUAAUGGGAAAUAUGUUAAGUGCUCAGUUAAUUAUCAAAAUGACCCUAAAUAUAUUUUAUCUUCAUCUUCAUCUAUUCUAUCAAAAAACAAAAUAAAUACUUCUAACAAUUAUUAUAAUAAUAAUGAUCCUCAUUAUUCAAAUUAUUGCGACUAUAAAAGGUUGAUUUCAGAGUAUGCUUCCAAAUCUAAUGCUAGUUAUAGUAUCGAUGAAAUAAACAUAAAAAAUAACCAAAAUCAUAGAAUUAGUAACCACUCCAACCUCGACCACAAUUCAUGGGGUUUAAACAACCAACCGGAUAAACCUGAUAAAAAUAACGAAGUAUAUAUUUGCAUGACCGAACAAAAUUCAAAAAUUAUCAUCGAUGAUCAAUAUAAAGACAAAAAGGGAAUAUGCCAAAUCAAUAAAUACGAUGAGAAAGAAAAAAACGAUAUAAGAGAUAAAAUGAAAAAUGAUAAUGAAAGCGAAAAUAGAGAAAUUAAUGAAAUAAAUAAGCCUAUUAAUAAACAAAAUCAAAACGAUUACCAAAAACAUUGCCUUAAUUAUACAUCAAAACAAUCUAAUAAAAUAAAUAGUUAUGACAAUUCAAAAUUAUUUUCGGACAACAAAAAUAAUGUUGUAGAUUAUGCUAUCAAUUCCAAUGAUUCAAGAAAUAACUGUUCUGAUAAUAAUAUUUAUAAUAUGGAAAAUAAAAAAGAUAUAUACAUAUUUCGAAAGGAAAACAACAUAUGUAAUAAUAUUAAUAGCCAAAAUAUAAAAUAUGAUUGCUAUAAAAAUGUGAACAAAACAUCUAGCAACAAUAUUAUGAUUCCUUUAAUAAAUAAAAAAAUUGAAACAAAUAGAAAAUCUGGCAGUUAUUCUGAAAACCUUAUAAAUACUAAUUUAAAACCUAUAAAUAGGCAUACAAAUUAUUUAAAUAACUUUUAUGAAGAACAGGAUACGCAUACAUCUGAUAAUGAUAAUGACGAUAAAGAAAACGACUUUCAAAUUACUAAUAUAAAAAACAACAUUAAUAAAUAUUCUAGUGAUUUUAAAAAUCGCCAAAACGAUUACAAUAUAAAAAACGUGGGUUAUUCAUAUUAUAAAAUUAAAAAAAAUAAAAGUCACCCCAUAAAAAAUAGUCAAUCUGGUUCAUUGCCGUCAUCGAUAUCUUCCACAUCACUUACAGAAUUGAGCAACGAUUCACGUGCUGAUUGCAUUAAUAAUAUUAGUUGUAAACAAUUGCAAAGACAAAAUCUGAAAUUCGUAAAUGCAAGCAAAGAAAUCAAAACUGAUAAAUGCGGAGUUAUUAAUAAAUACAAUGAGAAUGAGGGUAAUAAAACCCAGCGAAACACAAACAAUAACAGCGACAACAAUACAGAUAUAAAUAAGUUAAAUAUGUGUAGUACUUCUAAUAAUGUUAUGCAGAGGAAUGAAUUGCUAGAUGUAAAUAAAAUAAGUAAGAAUUGUAAGAUAAGUAAUUUUGUAAAAAAAGAAUUAAACGGAAGAAAUAAAAAAACGGAACAAUAUAGUGAGAUAGACAAAUUAAGUAAAAAUAAAAGCAUAUAUAUUGAGGGUGAUAAAAAAAAAAAUAAAACAAAAAAGAAAAGCAUUGAAAAUGCUGAGUGUAUAAAGAACAAACAGCGAAACAAUAGUAACAUAGAAUACUUUUUAAAAUUAAAAAAAAAUAUAUAUUCAAAAGAAAAUAUAUCCCAAUUUAUUUUCUUAAAAUACUGCAAUCACUAUUAUAUGAGAAAACAUAACAUAAAAAUUCAUAAAAUAUUUUCAAAUAUCAAGAGCGAAGCAAAGAAAAAUAACUCAGACACUUUAAAAUAUUUAAAAAAAUGGGAUUUAUAUUAUCACAAAAGACGAAAUCACAAGCAUGAUAAAAAAGGCAAAAAAAAAAAAGCAAAAAAACAUAAGGGUGAAAUAAAAGAAUCAAAAUGUGGAGAUAUCAAUGUGCAGAACUCAGGUCGAGAACAAAUACUGAAAAAAACAAACAAACCACAAAACACCGUAAUAAAUAGCAAUACACUCAGUAUGCACCUUUAUAUAAAUAAGCAAAGCGAAGAAAAUAUACUCGAAAAUAAAAUAAAUUUUAAGAAUAAUAAUAAAAAGGAAGCACACAAGGAUAAUAAUAAUUGUGAUAUGGCAGACUCUUUUUUUACUUCAAAUAAAAUUGAUUAUAAAAAGUCUAAAAUAAAGUCAAUAUAUCACAAUAGAUGUAGUUACUCAGACUAUGAAUAUUCGUAUGAUUUAUGCAAUUCAAAAAUUAAAACAAAUAAUAAUCCAUAUUCUUUGGAAUCAAAAAACAAUAAUAUUAUUCAAAAAGAAGAAAAAAUACGUUAUUCUUAUAACAAUUUUAACAAAAGACACCAAAAGGAGCAUAAUAAAAAACACCAUUUUGAGAAUAGCAUGAAUAAAGAGAAUACCCCAUACAAUUUUGAACAUAAUAAAUACUUUCCUUUGGAUAAACAAAAUUUAUUUAAUGAAAAUGUUCAUCAAAAUUUUUAUCAAAAUAACAAAUUAAUUGAUUGCAAAAAAGAAACUUUCUCAAAAAACAUAUUAACGAAUGAAACAAUUUCAUACAUAAAAAGAAGCUGCAGUUUAAUUGAUUAUAAAGAUGUAAAUAUUGAUGACACUUUUUUUCAAAAAAAUUACACUAAUAGAAAAGAAAAUAAAAAUAACAAAAAAAAAGAUAAGCAUGAAUAUAAUUUUAACGUUAAAUUGCCGAGUCCCACUAAAAAAAUAAAUAUAAUUACAAAUAAUAAGACAAUUUUCAAUAAUAGUGAUGAUUUAAAUGAUAAAGAAAUAUAUAUGAAUUAUGUACCCAAAGAAAAAACUAAUAAAAUUCCCGAAAUAAAUUUAACAAAUGAUAUACCAAAUACGAUACAAGCAAAUAAUAAUAUAGUAUCAACUAUGUGUAUUGAUAACAAUUCGAGUACUGUACAAAAUUAUAGCCAUGUAUCAGAUACAUACAAUAAUCACGAUGGAAUUCUAAAUUGUAGACACAUAAUAGAAUUAAAUGAUAAUAAAUAUGGCUUUGAAAAUGGAAAAAAAAUUUAUAUUUUAAAAAAAAAUGAAACUCAAAAUUAUGCAGUAAAUAAAAUAAAUAGAAAUAUAAAUGUAGAAAAUUAUUUCGAUUCAAAUAAUUUAAUAUUAAGUGAGCCUGUAUUUGAAAAGGAAUAUGAUUUAUAUCAAUCACAAAAAAUUACAAUUCUAAAAGACGCUGUUAUGAAAAAUGAAAAUGAAGUUGCAAUUCCAACAAAUUAUAACACAUCCCAAACAAACAAUUAUAAAAGUUUUAUUGACCAAUCAAAUAAUUAUAUUAAAAAACAAUAUAAUUAUAAUUUGAAUGAAAUGGCUAACAAUUUCCUUAAAAAUCCUAAUAAUUAUGAAAAUGCUAAAAAAAAUUAUCUCAAGUUUAAUGACUUAUUAAUUAAUAAAAAAAAUACACUAUCAAAAGAUAAUUUCACUCUUGAUCAAUUUAAUAAAACAAACAAAUUUAUUAAAGCCUGUAAUUUAAACUCUGAUUAUUGUAGAAAUUAUGAAAAAAAUAAGCAUGAUACCGAAAAUACAUUGCAACAAAAUAUGAAACAACAUGAAGGUAAAAUGGUACAUCAAAUAGAUAAAGACAAAAUUAUAGACUCAGAAAAAUCGAAAAAUAAUAUUAUUAUGUAUAAUACAUCAGCCAUUGAUCAAUCUAAUCAUAUGAAAAAGGAUUUUUUGACUAAACAAUUUAGUACAAAUCGUAGUGUAAAAGUAGGGCAUGCUAUAUGGAAACAUAAUUAUGAUUUUAUUAAAGAUUCUAGAGAAUUUAGAGAGAAUAAUCAUGCCGAAGAUAUAAAAGAUUAUCUUACUUUAAAUAAAACUUUUGCUCAAUAUUUUUCAAAAACAAAAAAAAAUAAUAAUGAAGAAAAAACUAAUAUUAACAAAAAAAUAUAUCAAAAUGACGGAAAUGUGGCACAACCUAUGCUAAAAUGGAUAAACAUUUUCAGUCGAAACUCGCAAAAAUAUUGA